UAUCCAAAAUAACAAACGGAAUUUCUACACUUGAGUGUCAUGUGAUUAAACAAAAUGGCGGCGUAUGAAUGGCACCCCAAGCGUCGUAACUAUGUUUUAGAACUUGGCAGCAAAUGCUUUAAUCCAGUUCCUGCAUCGUCUCACCCACUCAAAGCUAUCACGGUCACAGAUGUCCAACAGAAGAAAGGAAAUUCUGGUGCUGCUGCAUCCAGUACCAGUAAAAAGACCCCUUUUGUGGAUCCCCUUAGCUUCUCUGACCCUCUCAGCGGUGGAGUCAGCACUGAGUUUGAGGGGUCUGAUCCUCUGUCUAUGAUGUCUGCACCAUCAAAAUCUUCUAUGCCUUCUAAAUCUAGUCGAUCAAACAGCGUAAAGAGUCAAAAGAUGGAUGGUGAAAAUGAAGAAAUUGAUGAUUCUUUUGAACCAUGGUCCUUGAAGAGAGCUGGUAUCCUGACUAAGUACACAACAUCAGAAAAAUUGUCAAUAACAACAAGCUUUUUGUCUACUGGUGAUCAAGAAAGAGUUGUGAUCAGAAGUCAGGCACAAGCUCAGACUGGGACAGUGAGUGACAAAGUGAAGAACCGACUGGAGCAGCUGGAUGACUUUGAAGAGGGUUCGGUGAAGGAAAUGCUGAACCUGAGCCAGCAAGACUAUGUGAAGAGGAUUGAGGAACUGAACCAAGCUCUCAUCACUGCUUGGGAUGGAGACCAGAGAGUCAAAGCCCUCAAAAUUGUCAUUCAGUGCUCCAAGCUUCUUGCUGAUACAUCUGUGAUCCCUUUCUACCCAAGCAAGUUUGUCCUAAUCACAGACAUACUUGAUACAUUUGGUCGCCUUGUGUAUGAUCGACUCCUAGACAAGGCUCAGACUGUCGUAGGCUCGAACAAAAUUGCAAAGCUUCCAGCCAAGUUUACUUCUGAUGAAGUUCCUGAAGCUGCAAAAGAAACAUGCCGAAACUGGUUCUUCAAGAUUGCUUCCAUCAGAGAGCUCAUUCCUCGAUUCUAUGUAGAAGCUGCAAUGCUUAGAUCAUACAACUUUCUCCGCACGGGGGAAAGCACUGAAGUCAUUGAUCGGCUGUCCUACAUGAGCCGUGGUAUCGGUGAUCCUCUAGUGGCUGUGUAUGCCAGGUGCUACUUGUGUAGGGUUGGAAUUCUGAUUGCGCCAAAGUUCAGACCACAUAUACCCCGGUGCUUUGAGGAUUUCAUCAUAACAUUUCCACAAGUUCAAGGAGAGAGUGUGCAGAACAUUCUGGCCACCCAAAAAGUGGAGAUGCCACGCUAUCUGACCCUGAUCUCUCCUGCCCUGGACUGGAUCCUGCAGUGCUUGGCUCAUCAGUCUUCGGAGACUCUGUUGACUCAGACACUCGAGCGCUGCAAGGAGGGUUGUAAUAAUGCUCUGAUGAUCAACUCCAUCAUGUCGGCCUUCAAGCCCCAGUACAUCGCCAACAGGGCUUUGUUCUUUACAGAGCUCAUCAAGAGCUGUGAGGAUACUGGACUGCCAAAGCACAUGCUGUACCGUACCUUAGGCUUGUGUCUUGUGGUGGCAGAGACUCCCGAGGACCAGCAGUUGUCUGUUCUCAAUGAAGUUUGGAAAGCUGUUGUGAAGCUCAAGAACCCUACUGAGUACAUCAGCUGUGCUGAAGUUUGGAUUGAGUUUGUUGUAAAGCAUUUUGGGAAACGAGAAAUCAACACCUUUAUUGGAGAUAUCAUCAAACAUAUGACGCCUGACAGAGCUUAUGAGGAAUUUUACCCCCAGCUGCAGUCAGUGGUCAGCAAGAUUCUGGCUCACCAACAUGACUUUUCCCUCCUCUUUUCUUUGGAGAAGUUCCUGCCGUUCAUUGACAUGUUUCAGCGGGAAGCUAUCAAGGUGGAAGUCUGCAAAUGUGUUCUGGAAUCUUUCAACAAGCAUCAGCUGACACCAGUCAAUGAUCCAGUUGUCAUCAAUGCUAUGAUGUUUCUUGGGAAAAUCAUGCACGAUUCCGUGGAUGCUUUGACAUUGGACGAUGAAAAGCGAGUGAUUGGAAACUUAUUGUGUGGGUUCAUUCACCUAGUUCAGUUUGGCAGGGACUUUGAACAGCAGUUGAGUUUCUAUGUUGAAGUCCGAGCAGCUUUCAGCAAUUUGGAUUCUGUCUUGGUCACACUAAUCCAGAGUGUGAAUAACUUGGCUGUGGAAACAAGAAAAAUUGUCAAGGGGAACCACUCAAGAAAAACGGCAGCAUUUGUGAGGGCGUGUGCUGCCUACUGUUUCAUCACAGUGCCGUCCCUGCAGUCAGUGUUCUCACAGCUACAGCUGUACCUCCUCUCUGGGCAGGUGGCCCUACUCAACCAGUGCUACUCUCAAGGUGAUGCAUUCCUGAAAGCAGCAAUCUCUUUGAUACCUGACAUGCCAAAGACUAUGGAUGCAGCAGACGUGAAAUCACGUUCCUCUGAGCCCUUCCUGAUGGAAUAUCUGUACAGUUUCAUCUCUACACUCUUGGUCACUCCAGACAACCCGGACGUGGGUGUGAUGUACCUGCUGCGGGGACUGCUGAAUGUCCUUCAGGACUAUACCUGGGACCAGAACGGCGACUUGAGGAUUUUUGUCUACACACGUGUCCUCGCCAUGCUCUCCUCCGCAGCUCAGGAGGAAUACCUGUACCACUUUGACAAAGUGGAUUCCAAUGAUUCUAUGUACGGAAGUGACCCAAAAUUCGUAGCAGAAGUGCAAUCCAUGGCUGCUACGCUCAUUGGAGAAAUUCUGGCUCAUCUGAAAACUAUUUCAGCUCCUGAGUUUGCUAAGCGUCAAAGUACUUUAGCCCUAGAGCUGGUUGCAACUUUAAUCUGCCAUGGAGAUUUGAGUCAGACAUCAAUGGCUUCACUGACCAGCAACCUCUGGACUUUGGCCCAGAAGAAUGGGCAAGCAGAUGUGAAAGUUAUGAAAAAACUCCAAGAGAACAUCAAGACAAAGGCUGCGGCUGGAAAUGCUGGUUGUCAAGCUUUGGCUCCCAAGUUGACUGUGUGAUGACUCAGGAAAUUUACUUUUAAGUUCUAAUGUGUGAAAAUGAACAAAAGAUGUAUGCAGAUUGGCCUUUUAAUAAUAAAUGAACUCAGAAGAAUUUGUUGAUAUGUGUAUCUUUAAUUUCAAGAUUAAAGAAGUUCAAAGUCAAUAUUACCUUUUUUUUUUUAAAGAGUCAUCCCUCUCCAUGUGAGGGCUUCCUCGAGAGGUGUAGUAACCAUGCCAUACCACUAUGUCAAAACAUUAAAUGUCACAAGUCAUGUGAUCGGCAGAUACAUUCUGUAUCAUUGUCAAAGCCCCCUUGGGCAUUUUGAGUUGCAUAUGUGGAAAGUUGGAUGCAUUUAAUUUCUAUUUAACAACACUCGUCUUUUGGAAUGUAUCAGUGUGUUGUUAUUGGAAUGCAUGAUAUGAAUGUCAGUUUGAUGAAUUUGAUUACAUCUGGAUAAUGAUUGCCUCAGGAAUGUAUCAAUGUCACUUUAUGAAAGGGAAGGAAAAGAAGUGCCAGUGAAGUUUAAAAAAUGUUGUAUGUAAAGUAAGACAGAAAAAGUUUACGUGAACUUCCUUCGCUAAGAAUGAAAGAUUGUGGCAGUAAUACAAGCUGAAAACAUAUUUCUUCACUCUAGAGCUUGGUUGCUUUUUUAUCUUAUCCACAUUUUUUCAUCUGUGUAUCCCCUAUCCUCCUAAUGCCCUUCAAGUAUACUCCUACAUGCAGAUUAUGAACUGAUUUAACAAAAGCAAAUAGCUGUCUGAAUUGGGGUUUCUUUCUCUUCUUGCAUUAAAAAAA